AUGCUGCUGCUGCCGCGCAGAAGGCUACACUUAGAACAACAGAGAGCUAAAGUAGGAGGCGGCAAGCACGAGAAGUAUUUCCUUAACCUAGCCUGCCUGUUUAAGGAAGGUUACGGGGGCCGAUGGCCUUACCUUGUCAGCACCAAUCCCAGGCUCCUCGCCUUUCCACCCCACUGCAGCCUGCCCUCGGCCGACUCGCCCAUCACUCCCUCGCCGCCUCCUCGGAUUCCUCCCCGUCCACGAUGCUCUGGUCCUUUUCAAUCUACUCAGCUAUAGGAUGGUAUUAUUCACUCUCUUCAGACUCAAGUGGAAAUUAAAAGGAAGCAUAAUUUAUAAACAUACAAAGACUGUUUUACUGGUUCUAAUGCCAUUGAUGUAGUAUUAAGUCAUCUAAUGCAAAAUAAGUGCCUAAGAAGUAAUGACACUCUCAACGGAGUUUGUCUUUGUCAAGUUCUAAUGAAUCACAAAGUAUUUUUCAAUCACAAAGCUAUUGAAAAAUUAAAAAAAAAUUAAAAGGAAUUAGAAUUUGAAGAUUCAAACAGUAGUCUCUACAGGUUCCUAAGCCAUAAAUUAUCUUAUCUUUUUUAUUUUUAUUUUUCAGAAGAAGUAAAGGAAUCUGGGAAUGGACUAGGAGAUGAAAUUAUUUCAAAUCCUCCAGCACAAGGGAUUGGUGAGGAAAGAUUAGAGGAACUUAUUCAUACAAUGAGUAGGAAUGUGGCUUUACCUCCAAAUAUCCAUGUUCUCUCACUUUCAAAAGAAGCUGUUUGGAAACCACAGAUAUUGCUAUGUAUUUUUCAACUGACUCACCUUCCAUUCUUGGAAAAUAUUUUGGAGGCUUCAAUUAAAAUACAAAUUCUUCAGUUAAGUAAGGAGGAAGAUCUUAUUCUCUCAAACACUUCUCUAGACAGAGAGGUUGUUCUAAGCUUAUGUCUACCUGAGGUUGACAAUCAGCUUAUUAAUGCAACAAUUAAAUGUUUGGAAUUUCCCUGACCAGUUAUAGCCACAGCUAAUCAGCAGUUAGUGCAAAAGCAAAAGAUAAGAUUGAGAAUACAGAAGAAGAUGCUCUUUGAUGUCAUAGUAAAAUACUAUAACCAAGAGAGAGAUCGUCUAUUAACUGAUGAGGAUUCUGAUAUUUAGUCAGGAAUUACAGAACUUUUAGAAAAUGAAUAAAGAACAGAAGCCCUUGAAGCAACCUAACUGUAUCUAAGACUGUUACCACACAUUACAGAGGCAUUAUGAGGGCUACUUGCUUUCAUGACUAUUAUAUGGAAACCUAACACCCACAAGUCUCAAAAACUGUGUCAUCACAAAAUAGUGGUCCUGAAAACGCCUGUCAAAGUAGUUUUGCGAACAAGAUCAUUAUUAGAAAUCUGGGCAGAACAAGCAGUCCAGUUUCUACUGGAGCAACCCGCGGAGCUCCUCGAGGUGGCUCUGAUUCUGGUUACUUUAUUGGAUCUGGGUAAGAAACUCAAGAACCUUCUACAUGGGGAAGAUCCAGCUGUCCUAUCAGGUAUGGAUUCAGAUUUGUUCCUUCUUUAUCAUUAA